AUCAUCCCGGAAUAGGAAGUGUUAAAAAAAGAAGAAAAAAGAAAAACUGGAGGUGUUUUUUGAAACACUGAGCAGAAAAACUGUUGACGCUGUAGAUUAUAAUCCCACUGAGGAGGAGAAGAGAACAGACGAGAACAGAAGACGAGCUGAACCUUUAAACUGUGUUUCUGAAAAAGCAUGAAUGACUUUGCAGUUCUCAACACGGGACGGAAGAUGCCUCUGAUCGGACUGGGAACGUGGAAGAGUGAGCCAGGACAGGUGAAACAGGCCGUGAUUUGGGCUCUGGAGUCUGGAUAUCGACACAUCGACUGUGCAGCGAUUUACGGCAACGAGGUCGAGAUUGGAGAAGCUCUACAGGAGACGCUCGGACCCGACAAGUCACUGAGGCGAGAGGACGUGUUCAUCACGUCCAAGCUGUGGAACACACGGCACCACCCGGAGGACGUGGAGCCGGCCCUGCUGAAGACACUGAAGGACCUCAAGCUGGAGUAUCUGGACCUCUACCUCAUCCACUGGCCCCACGGCUUCCAACGAGGAGACGUCCCUUUCCCCAGAAAGGAGGACGGCUCCAUGUUGUAUGACGACAUAGACUACAAACUGACCUGGGCUGCCAUGGAGAAGCUGGUGGAGAAGGGUCUCGUCCGCUCCAUCGGUCUGUCCAACUUCAACAGUCGGCAGAUUGACGACGUCCUGUCCGUUGCCAGCAUCAAACCCACCGUCCUGCAGGUGGAGGGUCACCCGUACCUGGCCCAGGUGGAGCUGCUGGCCCACUGUCGGGACCGAGGCCUGGUGCUGACGGCCUACAGCCCUCUGGGUUCUCCUGACCGCGCCUGGAAACAUCCGGAAGAACCGGUUCUGCUGCAGGAGCCUGUGAUCGCCUCGCUCGCAGAGAAGUACAGCAAGAGUCCAGCUCAGAUCAUUCUCAGGUGGCAGACGCAGCGAGGAGUCGUGUCGAUCCCUAAGAGCGUGACAGAGUCGCGCAUCAGAGAAAACAUUCAGGUGUUUGACUUCACUCUCGACGCAGAGGAAAUGAAAAGUAUCACAGCGCUGAACAAAGGCUGGCGUUACAUCGUCCCGAUGAUCGAUGUGGAGGGGAAGCUUGUUCCCAGGGAUGCAGGUCAUCCUCACUAUCCUUUCAACGAGCCCUACUGACGACUCACACUGCGACCCAGAUCUGUGCCUUCAACAACCUCACCAUCAUCAUCAUCGCCUUCACCAUCAUCACUCUUCACGAGUAAAAACGACGUUGAUCCUGUCACCAGAGUUCGUCUUUUCCAAUGUAUUCAAUUGUCAAAUAUUCAACGUUGUUUUCAUUAAACAUUUCAUGUUACUGUUGAUGACGAUGACUGGAUGAAAACAUCACGUACAUGUUAUUUUUUAAAUAAACACUUUGUUACUUCA